AUGGAAGCGCUUCGGGGCCUAGGCCGUGGCGCAAAGGUUUUCUAUCGUAAGGAUGUAACAAGCUGGCAGCAAGGCGAGCUGCUGGCGGUCCCCGAUAAUGGAACCGUAUCUAUUCAAGUUGGAGCAGCAACGCUGACCGUGGGCGCCGAGCUCGUUGUGCCAGCAAAUCCGGUGUUGCAGGAUGGCAUACCGGAUGUGGUGCAGCUGUCUUACUUGAACGAGCCUGGAAUACUGUACAACCUGGGGCACAGGUAUAACCUCGACCACAUAUACACGUGGGCCGGACCCGUGUUAAUCGCCCUCAACCCGUGCAAGCCGCUCCCUCUGUACACUCCGGAAAUAGCCGCCGAAUACAAACGGAAGACGGAGACAACCAAAAAGGCAAUGCAGUACUUCGCAACGCUAGCGGGUGGAACGGGCGUCGAGGACCAGGUCCUUGAGACCAACCCUGUACUUGAGGCGUUCGGGAACGCAAAGACGUUGCGGAAUCACAACAGCUCACGGUUCGGAAAGCUCAUUCAAAUCCAUUUCAAUGGCAGCCAUCACAUCUGCGGCGCCACGAUUAAGACAUAUCUCCUGGAGAAGAGCAGGGUGGUUUUGCAGUUGAAGGGAGAGCGUUCUUUCCACAUAUUUUACCAGUUAGUACGAGGAGUCACGGACGAGGAGCGACGGGCGUUUAUGUUGCCCCCGAAGCCGCAGGACUUUCACUUCCUCGCGCAGAGUGGCUGCUAUGAUAUCGCGGGAGUCGAUGAUGCCGAGGAGUUCCGUGUGGUACGCCGAGCACUGGAGGACAUUGGGGUGGACAAGGAGACGCAGGCGAUGCUGUUCAAGCUUCUCAGCGGGUUGUUGUGGCUGGGGAAUAUCGAGUUUGAGGAGAGCGGCACUGGGGAUAGCACCAAGGUUCGGCAGACGCCCGCCCUGGGGAACGCCGCAACACUGCUUGGUUGGUCGCAAGAGGCGCUCAUCACGGCGCUAACGACCCGGCGCAUUGUUGCACCCGGGGAAGUGGUGAUCAAGCUGCUGAAGGUCGGGGACGCGCUGGAGGCACGAAACUCCCUCGCGAAGGCGAUUUACGCAGCCAUUUUCAACUGGGUGGUCGCGCGGAUUAAUGCGCGCCUGAGCUCCGGGAAGAGCACGUCCGGGCUGUACAUCGCCAUCCUGGACAUCUACGGCUUUGAGCAGUUUGACCGCAACAGCUUCGAGCAGCUGUGCAUUAACUACGCCAACGAGCGGCUGCAGCAGCAGUUCACGCACCACCUCUUCAAGCUGGAGCAAACCGAGUAUGAGAGCGAGGGGGUGGACUGGACGAAGGUGGAGUUCAUCGACAACCAGGAUUGCGUGGACAUCUUCGAGCUCAUGCCGCCCAAGGGUCUGGGCAUGCUGGCGGUGCUUGACUCGCAGUGCAAGUUUCCGCGAGCUACGGACGCAACGCUGCACAUGCAGCUGCUCGAGGCGCUGAGCUCCCGCUCGCAUUUUGGUACAAAUCCUCGUGUGCCCGGAAGCUUUAUUAUCCGGCACUACGCCGGCGCUGUACAGUAUGACACCACAGGCCUCCUGGACAAGAAUAAGGACACGCUGAGCGCGGGUAUGACAAUUGCUGCAGGGUGGAUAUUGGGUGUUAACUUGGUCCAGCUUAUGUCAGGCAGCUCUAAACCUCUCAUGGCGGAGUUGGGGGCCAGCAUCCAGGAGGAGGCGGAACGCAGCACCAAGAAGGGGCAGACAGUGAUCACGCGCUUUGGGCAGCAGCUGCGAGAGCUGGUGUUUGAGCUAGAUACCACUGGCCUGCACUUUGUCCGCUGCAUUAAGCCGAACGCGAAGCUCCUUCCCAACACUAUGGACUCGGUCGCAACUCUGCACCAGCUACGAAGGAAAGCAUCCGUCACUAAUUCCCUGAAGAUUGCACGCGAAGUGGCUUGCGCACAUCAAGAGACAAGGAGUCCUCUACGUGCCAGCGUUCCACGUAACCCCAUGGAAAUGCUUUCAGUUGCACGUGUAUCCGCAGCGGGCUUUCCCACACGCUAUCGACUUGAGGAGUUCGCAUCUCGAUAUAGUCAGCUGCUGCCCCCUGAGGAGCAGCGGCUGCUGCAGCAGCAACAAGGUUCAGCCGGCAGUCGGCAGGUGUGCUUGACCUUGCUGGAGCGGUUCGGCCUCCGUGUCGGACAGUACCAGCUGGGCCAUACAAAAGUGUUCUUCCGACCCGGCGUGCUAGGCCUCGUGGAAGACAGGUGGGCGCGCAUGCAGGCCGCCGUCCUCACGCUGCAGUCGUGGUGGCGCAUGUACAUGUGCCGCGUGUCGUACCUGAAAACGCUGCAGGCUGCGACUGUUAUGCAGGCGCUGUGGCGCACCAGGGUUGCCGCGCUGGCCUACAAGGAGCUGGCGGCACAGCAUGCAGCAGCUGUGGUGUUCCAGAGCGCGUGGCGGAUGCAUUCCGCUCGGUCCCACUUCCUGCGUGUGAAGCGUGCUGUGAUCACCAUCCAGACAAAGGGCUACCGAGCCUGGAAGUUUGGCCGAUGGCUAUCCCGCGCUAUGCAGGCAGAUCGGGCGGAAUUGGCGGCGGAGGAAGUGCGCGUCAAGAGCAAGCUUGAGGCAGACUGGUUCAGUGCUCUGCGUGCCGAAUACCACGUCAGCAUGGAGGACGUGCCGACAGCAUUGGCCGCCUGGCGGGCGAUGAACAUGAGCACCCUCCAGGAGGCACUCGCUUCCUGGCGUGCGGCACGGGAAGCCCCACAGACACGAGAGGCAGCCACAGAAGAAUCGAGACCUUUGGAGGCAAAGGCGGUACCGGGUGCAGCAUCCGACGUCCCAGCUCAUGCAGCUACGGCUGUAGUUAUACCAGAAGCUUCCAAUGAAGUUGCGGCUACUACUACGUCUUCUGGGGGAGCUGCUGCUCAACCACUACAGCGGCCGCCAGUGAUGAUCAUGACUCCAGCGGUGGUGACGCCAGCAGUUGUCAACCGCUUCGAGCUGGCGCAGGAGCUUGCUAUUCAGGUUGAGCGGCUGAACCUGGAGAACGUCAAGCUGCAGAAGCAGUUGCAGCUGGAACGGGGCUUGACGCAGCGUUAUCAGCACAAGUGCGAGGAGCAGAGUGUCAACUGGCUUGAACAAGUUCGGCUACUGCAGGCAUAUAUCCAGAAGUGCCGCACCAUGCUCGGGGACAACCUCCUGCCGCCACUGCCCAAGCAAGUUGCUGCCCUUACACAGCCCGUCGAAGAUGGCCCUUCUGUGGGCAAAUUUGUUUCUGCAGUUGAUGCAGCGAUGAUGGCGUCUAUGGCUUCGCACAAGCUGAGCCCAAUCACCGGUGCCGCUGAGGGCGGCGUGGCGGUGACAGCAGAGUCAUCAGCCGUCGGUGCGGUGGGGGCGCGGCACAGCACAACGAGCGUGUGCUCAGCGACACAGACGGAGGCGGAGCAGGGGAUUCUGGAGACCCCCAGCGUCGCACACCUCUCUACCCAAACUGUCACCGAGCUGGUUACAACGGGGGUUCAGCAGUGUGUCCCCAGCUCCACAUUCGCGACACAGACCGAUCUGCUUGCCAUGGAGCUGCCAACGGUGCCGCUUCCAAGCGUUGGCAGCGUAGCCGUAGGCACACAAACGCCGCAGGAAAUUGGCGGCACAGCCAUAGGCACACAAACACCUGGGCUUCCCGAAACAGCUACCGUGGCCACUGAAACAGAUGCCGAGGCCGCUGUUGUGGUCCCAUCUCACGCGGCUAUCAAAGGUGCGCUGUCUUCUGACAAUGGUCAGCCAUUUUCCAACACUCCUGGACCGCGUUCGUCGGCCUUCGCGAACCCCUCUAUCGCGGAGCAGGUGGUGGGAGCUUGCAACUCCCCCAGCCCAUCCAUGGCCUCCGAGCCGGUGUCUCUGGAAAGGGACCCAAGCUCCGUAGGUGGCGCUCAUUCUCCCCGUGUCGGCAGUGAGGCGCGUACUAACCCCUCUUCGACUGUGGGUGGUGCUUCCGUGAACGGCGGCAUGCCUAGCACGUCUGCGGCGUCAGCGGCACCGGUGAACGCAAGCCAACGCUACGUGGCGAAGCUAGGCGAAGAGCUGGAGCGGGUCAUGCAGGUGCUGCCGGACGAUGUGGCGUUCAUCCGAGAGGUGCAUGAGGGGCAGGUCUUGGCACCGGAAAUGGACCCCGGCGUGGAGCUGUAUAAGCUCAAAAAGAAGUUCGACGUCUGGAAGCGGGAGUUUAAGGAGAAAUUGCGGACAACAGAGGAAGUGCUCCACAAAAUCGAGCGGAUGGAGGGGCGGCCAUCCCAUAGCCAUGGCCACGCGCCGCACGCCGGUCGGGAUCUUCACAUGGGUGCCAAUGACUCCCUUCGUCCCAGCCAGUCCGUCCGCAUAGCGGGGCCACCCGUUGGGGGUCCUAGCAGCAUGCCAGCCCCACGAUAUGCCGCGGCAGUGCCUGGGCCACCUAUGGCUGGUAUGCAGCAGCGGCCUGUAGCAGUGCCGGAUAUGGCACCUAGAAACACUCCACCGGACUCUAGCGCUGCAACAAACCGGCGCAAGGGUUCUGGCAGCUCUAAGCUUCUAAACAAGCUCUUCAAUAAUAAUGCACGCUGAUGGGCAGAGGGGUAAAUGGGAAGGCAUUGGAGUGCCAUCCUGUGCAUCUGGGACUUCGGCUAGUAUACUAAAAGCAUGACGACAUGUGUGAUGUCUAUGGUAGGGGUCUAUGGUAGGGGUCGGGCAGGUACAUGCCGAUGGAUUGGAUGGGAGGAGGGCAAUCCAGCCUAACAAUGAAGCAGCUUGCCAAGUGUAGCCACUGUGUAACUGCUAAUGCAAGGCUUUAAAUGCGUCUGCUGCCUUCUCCAUUGUCUGCAUGAUCGACAGGGUGACGCUUGCCUUCAGCACGUUGCCACCGCAGCAAUUGUUAGAUGGCAAAAGAUUGUUUAGCUUGUGGCUUCUUGUAACGGGGUGGUCUGUGUUGUGUUUAAAUCUGUGUCCUUAAGAGUGCAUGAGGGUAAUGGAAAGCUUCCGGCUUGUGUACACUCCAGGAUAUCGGCGCUAUGUAAAUGAGCAUAAACCCAAA